AUGGGCGGGCCCGGCGCAGACGUCGCCGCUGCGCGCGCGCUUCGGCCUCCGCGCCGCCGCCGCACGUGCCCGCCGCCGCGCGGCGAGCGGAAGCCCGACGUCCUCGACAGGCACCCGCGAGGACGACGGAUGGGCAGCUCCGCGCUGGAGACGCUGGGCGACCAGAGGGCGAUGGCGAUCGCCGACAGCGACGAGUGGGCAACCCUGCUGCUCGGUGCGCUGUUCGUCCCGGCGGACGAGCUCCGCGCCAUCCUGGGGGACGCUAGGGACACGGACCAUGAGACCAUGCAGCUCCGCAAGGACGUCUUGAUGUCCGUCCUGCCACAGCAGCCGGCGGUGGCGUGCCGCCCUGGAGGGAACGGCAGCCGGGCCUUUCAGCCCAGGUCCCGCCACGCUGCGAGCCCAGAGCGCGCGCGGCCGCGCACGAACACCUAG